AUGAGAGUUCCAAAUGAAUACCUUGAAAAAAUAGAUUAUUUUCAUCAUUAUACAUACGAUAAAGAUGGCCAAAAUAUAAUUGAUUUUGGGUUGGUUCCUAAUUUAGCAGAUGAUUUAUUUUAUGAUGGAAAAUUAUGUGUUGCUGAUUCACCUAAAAUCGUUUUCUUUACUUGUUUUAAAUUAGGAGGAAAUGAUAUUACUAAAACCUUCGAUGAGGGCCAAUCAGCUGUAAUGCUAAAGUUUGAUGUAGACCAAAUUAAUUAUAAGGAUUUUAAUUUAUAUGGAUUGGAUGAGCAAGAUAUUAAUGGUACAAGACAUAAAAAAAUUUUUAUGGUUCAUGUGGAUCAUAAAGAGGGUUUGAAUUUUGCUAAAGUUAAUAAUUUUAAACCUCUUGAUAUUGAAAAAAACAAUUAUCUAAGAUAUGAUCCAGAAGAAAAAAAAUGGUUUUCGUGGAGAUACACAAAAGGAGGGUUAAUUGUAGAUAUUGCAUUUUGUAGCUAUAAAUUACCAAUUCCAAGAAACAAAUUAUUUCCAAUCAAAAAUAUGGGCGGAAAACCAAGUAAUAUGAAAUUUUUUUAUUUACCAAUAUCAAAGCCAUCCCCAAUUACAGAAAUAAAUUAUAAUAUAGCAGAUAGUCAAAAUAAAGUUAUAAAUACAUAUGAAUUUAAAAUUGAAUCUCUUGCUAUUGGUACAUGUUGUAGUUUACAAAAAAAAAGUUCAUUAAAUGGUUCUUCUCAAACAAACAAUUCAUCACCAUUCCAAAAGAAUUUACUAAAUACAAUCAUGAGAUGUUCAAACGAUAAAAUUAAAAUAUUUAGUAUGAGUAUUAAUGGAAAUGAUUUUCAAACUAUAAAAAGUCUUUCCGAUGAUGGGAAAAUAACUAUCAUUGAUGCAAACACAAUUUCAAUUUUAACAAAUCUUGAUGAACUUGUUACAAUUUCAAUUAUUCAUACUAAAAAGAGUCCUUUAUCACCACUAGCUGAUAGAAACUCUUAA